AUGACAGUUUCCUGUCCGUCUGAAACUGAAAUCAUCAGAUGGUGCGAUGUAUUUACCUAGAGCCAGAUGAUCGUUUGGUGAUCUCUUGGGUGGAUAUAAUAUAACGUUUACAUUCAUAUCAUUAUAAAUUAAGAAUUAGGCAUGACUACAGAGUCUGACUUUCCAGAACUGUAAGUGUGAAUGGAGUGACAAAUCAUGGACAGCCAGUGCAGCAGCAGUGUGGAUUCACGGGCAGCUCUAGGAGGUGUGGUUUCCAUUAACUCCACCCCCAUUUCUGCCUAUGUCGAGUCCUAUGAAGCAGGAGAAAAGAAGUGCAUCUCUGAUGUCCGAAGAACCUUCUGCCUGUUUGUGACCUUUGACCUUUUGUUCAUCACAUUGCUGUGGAUCAUUGAGCUUAAUGUCAAUGGUGGUAUACAAGAUCAGUUGAUGAAAGAGGUGUUACAAUAUGAUUACCACAAAUCUUUUUUUGACAUAUUUCUCUUGGCAGUGUUCCGCUUUGCAGCCUUGAUUCUGGCAUAUGCAGUGUGUAAACUGCGUCAUUGGUGGGCCAUUGCAAUAACUACGGCCUUCACCACUGGUUUCUUGAUAGUAAAAGUAGUUGUAUCAAAGCUCCUCUCUCAGGGUGCUUUUGGAUACUUGUUACCCAUCAUCUCCUUCAUCCUGGCAUGGAUAGAGACGUGGCUCCUUGACUUCAAAGUGCUGCCCCAGGAGGCUGGUGAUGAAAUCAGGCAUCUUUCAGUGCAAAGUGCAAUAGAGAGAGAACCACUUUUAUACCCAGGACCAGUUUCAGAAGGCCAGUUCUACUCUCCUCCUGAGUCCAUGGCAGACUCUGAUGAAGACUUUGAUGAUAAACAUGAUCUUCAAGAUCCUAUCGUCUAGCAGGUGCUCGGUUUAAAACACUGAGUUUCGGACUCCUACAAAAGCCUUGUCCAGCAUUGCUCGCAGGUUAGUGUGUGUGUGAGUGAGUGCAGCACACAGUUUCUCUGCCUUACGUCCACCACUGCCACGAUCAGCAGUUUGGUACUCUGUCUGCCCACACUGGCAAUGUUCUUGGUGCAAUUGUUUUUUUUUUUCUUUAUUUUCUUUGUUUGUAUCUCCAUUUUUCUCAUCAGCACAAAACCAAUUCUGUUUAUUGUGCAGUACUGAUUGAAAACGGUGAAUGAAGGAUUUUAAUGUGAACUGUACAAUGUGUAUUAUGACCUUAAUCAACAGAUGAUAUCAGAGCUGAACUUGAGAAAUGUUUCAAGACAUGACACUCCUCAACUAUGCUUUUGUUUAACAGCAUGACUGCUGUUUCCCAAGUUCAUGCUGUAAGCUCCAGAUGUCUGCAGAACUGUGUAUUAAAUGGAUAGUUCACUCAAGAAUGAAGAUUCUGUCAUUAUGUACUCACCCUCAUGUAGUUUCAAAUCUGACUUUUAACUGUGGAACAUAAAAGCAGAUGUGAGGCAGAAUGACAUACUCUGGCACCAUUCACUUUCAUUAAAUGACAGAAGAUGCAAUGAAACGGAAUGGUGACUGAGAUUAACAUGCUGCCUAACGUCUCCUUUUGGGUUUGACAGAAACCCAAAGGAUUUCUGUCAAACCCAAAUUUCUAUUUUUGGGUGAACUGUCCAUUUAAAUACAUUUUAUGCCUGAAUGUGAAUAGCAGUAUGGUGUCAGGUCUGUGCUGCCACUCAUUUGUUUGUGAAGAUUUAAAAUGUUUCAUUUUUUUAAUACGUUUGCUAUCAGUCCAUGUGAAUGAUCACAAAGGUGGUAGAGGCAUGUUUAGUUCUUCUAAAAUGAUUUGGCUUGCAAAAUAAAGGACUCUCCUAAUUUUGCAUGAAAUAUUGUUAAACUAGGAGUUAUUUGACAUGAAAUGAUGCAUGGGUUUGUAAUAAGUUUUUAUGUUUUUGGCUCCUCAUCAAUAAGCAUUCCUAAACAUGUAAAUCAUCUUAAGUAAAUAAAAUCUCCAUCAUGUUAAAGGGAUAGUUGACCCAAAAAUGAAAAUGUUGAUCAUGCUCUUGUUGCUCCGAACCCAGUUGACUUGUGGAACACAAAUGGAGAUGUAGGUAGAAUGUUAGCCUGCAUGAAAAAAGAUGGUUUACAUCAUACAGGUUUGUAAAAUCAUGAGGUUUGUAAAGUGGCCUUUAGCUGUGCGAAAGGCACUUGAUAAAUAAAACGUAUUAUUAUCAUUAAAUGAUUACAUACAUUUCAUUUUUGGUCGAACUAUCUCUUUAAGUUUUUACUUGUGCCAUGCUUACUGAAUAAGGGCUUAUGUGCCUGGUGCAGGCCUGGGAUCUCCAGUUUUUGUUUUUGUAUAAUUAGAGUUAAGAAAUGUAUCUCCAUACUGUAUGUACCCAUCAGAAAGCCUUGAAGUAUGCAGAAUAGUAUCUGAUUGUAUUCUUCAUUAUAUAUUAAAACAGUUACUGUUUUUAUUAUAUGCGUGUCUUUUUGUUCAGAAUAUGCAUCAGUACUGUAUGUUUUGGUGAGAAAACAAACGGAAACCCUGCUUGAGAGUGAGCUUGUGCUCUCACGGAUGUUGCAGUCAAAGCUUGCUGCAAACUUCUUGCCCACAAAUAACAGCUUAGA